GCGCGUUUCUUGACUUGUUCCACUAGGUGGCGGCAGUUUGUCAAAGAGUUGCACAAAAUGAAGGGGGAAAAUAUCAAAUGCAGAGGUGGUAAGUUAUUAAGUAAAGAAAUGGGCUAAGUCAGGAAAGUGGAAGGCACUUUUGCAAAAUAAAACGAGAUUACGAUUAAAAAAACGUUGUACUACACACUUUAUUGUUGAAAUAAUCAGCUGCACUCAACAAGCUGAAUCGAGUAGAGAAAAUAGCGAUUGCUGCGAAAAGUGCUACAACAUAAACUGACAUCCAAGGAAUAACCUGGCAACAAGAGGAACGUUGAAAGAAUAUAAAAAGAAAUAGAAACUCGAUCCCGAAAUCAGAUAGAAUGCUGUGAACCUCAUUGCAAAUUCGAAUAUUAUAUUUUUAAAUACUAAAAAUAAACAAUUAUUAACAUACACGAUGACUAGUCAAUGUAGUUAAAAUGCUAUAUCUGAGUAUUUAGUACAGUAAUUAGUAAUUAUACAAUACAGUAAGCAAUAAAAAAACGUAGCGAUGUACUCCUUACCACUAGUUGGCGGUGUUUGCCAAUCGUCAAAUAAGAAGAAGAAGAGCACAGCAAAAGUAGGAGCGGGAGCGAAGAAACACAAGUUGGUCAACUGUCUUGUGUGGCGUCCCAGACAAAUGCGUUGUUUCGCUCGUGGCGUAAUGAAGCGAGUUUUAACCACGGUUCCGACAAUUUAACUAGCGGCUAGUUAGCUUGCUAGCUUACACCGCUACACAUCGUGAACAGAGCCGUGUUUUCCUUCUCUAGCUCCGUUAAUGUGUUUCUGGUGCCUCCAUGUUGUGAUUAACAAGUCGCUACUUAUGUACCUUUGAUUAACAAACGUAACUUGUAUUAGUUAACUCAUAAACACACUGACAUUCCUUGGUAGCUAGCACUGCUGUUUAGGCGUUAUAUUAGACGACCGCGAGGCCUCUUGGCUCCUCGGUGUUUCCUGCUGAGGCUGUCUUUGCCUGUGAACCUACGGCUGCUGGAACUUCUGGAAAUCAAAGGUGACCCAUCGGUGUUUAUUUUUUCCCCGCUAGCUUUGCACGAUCAUUGAGUUGAGGUGAAGUGCAAAUCGUUGUUCUAGUUUACAGUUGCUGAAGCGAUAUGGAGGCUCCUCCAGUCACUGUGAUGCCCGUUACCGGCGGCACCAUCAACAUGAUGGAGUACCUUUUACAAGGAAGUGUGUUGGACCAGGCCCUGGAAAGCCUUUUGCAUCGCCUGCGAGGCCUUUGCGACAACAUGGAACCUUCCACCUUCACUGACCACGAGUUGGUUUAUCUGCUGAAAGGCCAGCAAGGUAACCCUUUCAUCCUGCGUGCCCGUCGCUCGCUUUCCCAGCCUGCCGCCCCGUGGCACCUGCGCUACCUGGGGCAGCCGGAGGUGGGCGACAAGAGCCGCCACGCACUGGUGCGCAACUGCGUGGACGUGGCCGCCUCGCACAGUUUGCCCGAGUUCCUCAACGAGAUGGGCUUCCGCAUGGACCACGAGUUUGUGGCCAACGGGCACAUUUUCCGCAAAGGCGCCAUGAAAGUGGUGGUCAGCAAACUGUCGCGAAUCCUGGUCCCGGGGAACACGGACAACACGGAGCGGCUGUCGCUGUCUUACUUGGUAGAGCUGAGCGUUUUGGCGCCCGCCGGCCAGGACACCGUGUCGGAGGACAUGCGCAGUUUUGCGGAACAGCUCAAACCUCUAGUUCACCUGGAGAAAAUUGAUCCCAGCAAACAGAGACAUUGACGGACAGAUUGACAGUUUAUAGAUGAGAGGCCGUAGUUCCCACUAAGGCAGUGCUUCCCCAACCGUCUUUGAGUCAAGGCACCAAUUUGAAACCAUUCACAUCUCAUGGCCACCAAAGAAAAAUACUGAAAUAACGAUCAUCUUGACACUGCAUACUCGGUGUGAAAUAUGGGCCUGUUUAUUUGAAUACACUCACCGGAAGCCAUCGCUUGGCUGGACCCAAAUGUUUACAGUACCUUCUGCCAUCUAACGGGAUAACUUUUUUUUUUAUUGAUCUGCCCAAUCCUGAACUUUGCUGGCAUAAAGAAAUCAACAAAACCUUUUAUAAAUGGUUGGUGUCUUUGGUCA